GGCAGCAUAUCUACUGUGGAGAGACUAAAACCACAGAGUUCCUCAGAGAGUAAUUAGAGACAGGUUGAAUCCUGUUUAAUGAUAAUGAUGAGUUUUCAAGGAGAUACUGCUUCUCCAAGGACUCUGUAAUGCAACUGGAAAGAAAGGUUGCACCAACCAUUAAGCAUGGGAGUGAUAGGAAUGCGGCUGUACCCCCACUACUUCAGCUCCUGGUGGCCCUACGGUUCUAUGCAACUGGAUGUUUACAGAUGGUGGAUGGGGAACCGUCUGCAGGAAUGUAGUCAGAGUGUCCAGUGCUAUUGCCGGUCCGAAGAAGGAGGGGCUCCGCACAAAGAUGGACACUACACUGAUGAGCAUUAUUGCAGUGGCGGUUCUGUAUAACUUUGACAAGCGACAAGAAGACGAGUUAUCUGAAGAGGCUGAGGUGGACCUACCUGAGGAGAAUGAAGAAGAUGGCCAGGUGCAACAUGCUGCCAAUGCAAAUGGGAAUGUUGUGAGGAGAACCUUGAUUGAGAACCAUUUUGCAGCCUAAGGGUGGAACUGAAAGCACCAGAACACAAGACUGGGAACAAGACUGGAGGACACCAAAUUGCUUGGGAAAGCAUUGUUUUAAUAAAUAAUUGCUUGAAUAAAUAAACAGAUCAGCAUUCUUUACACAGUGGGCAUUUGAUUCCCUGAAGGAGUUUGUUUCUGAAUUUGCAGUAGCUCUUUUUGUAAAUUCAUGCCCUCAAUCUGCAGUAGAUUUUUCUCCCUCUCCUUCUCCAAAACAUCAAUAUGAGCUUGGUUCAUGUCAGUUCUGGGGUGUUUGAUUGGCCUGUCUGUUUUUUUUGCUGCUGGCGCAAGAUCCAGACACUGCUGUUUCUCCAUGGCACAGGAUGUCAGUUCAACUAAAGGAAAGAAAAUAAAGCAAUUUAACUAAUUAUUAGUAGACUAUUUACGUGCCCAUUUUGUACAUGCUGUAGCGGGCCUGAUAACUGUAACAUUGUAGUGAAGUAGCAUUAACAUUAGUUUUAAUGUGCGUUAUAGCCAUUGAUAUUUACUAGUUAUUUGUUCUCACUAAAUAUUGGUGGGUGGAGUUGUCCAUCGUCAUCAUAGGGGUUAAGGAGCGAGGAAAACUGAUGGGGAAUCAUCUCGCAUUACUUCUGGGAGAGAGGAUCAUUUCCUUUGGAUGAAGUCCCCCCUCCGGUCUGAAAUAGCCCCCGCCUCUCCUCUGCUGCAUUCUUUUUGGAUUUUGCUUUUACGUUUUUCCAGCGCACCUUCAUCUGAUUUGGGUCCCUCUCAUCUUUAAUCCGUGUCGAUCCAUUAAAUCUGUUGCAAAAAAUGGCCCGGAUGUCUUCCUUCUUUUUGACAGUCGUGUUGUCUUGUCUUUUAUCCUCCAGUCCAUUACUAAAUUCCUCCAUCAGCUUGGACAAGAGUUGAUUUUCAUAAGCGGAGAAAUAUGUACUUCUUUGACGUACCAUGAUCAGGUGGCUAGCUGACAAAUAAUAAAUGCCUAAUUAAGUAAUAACAAUAAUACUGUAGCGACCCGCACAGACAGCUGUGUGUUAUGUGCUAGGCUAGGAGGUGGUUGUGUUGUACUGACCAGUACCCGGUGUUCGCGGGGUCCGACAUGUCAAUCAACCUGCUAUCUGCCAAUCACGGGAAUGCCUGGAAUGUUCUGAUGCCGGGCAUCCUGGUGGUUGGCGGAGUGGCGUGGAGGGGGGUUGGGCAUUGGAAGUUAAGACCAGGUUCAGCCUUUGUUCUCUCUCUCUUACGUCUGGGCUUCACAAGAGGUCACGAUUGGCUUGUGGGUUAUCUGUCAUCUAUUUGGCGUGUGCUACGGCCCAAACAGUAGCCUGUGUAAAGUUGGUUCAAUAAACCGUCAAUUCGCAAACUCAAGCCUCUGUCUGGACAAUUGUUCAUUUAUGAUCUAGUCAGGUCAUUACAUUGGUGUCAGAAGUAAAAACGUUGAUACAAGUUAGCCAGCUAGCUAGCUGACUUAUGUGGCUAGCUACCGUAGGUGAGAACGGGGAUUGAAAAUGCUUCGAGGGAAUCCGAAAGUGAAGGUAGGGGACGAUUAUGGCCAAGGAGGUGCGUGUGAAUGGACGUGGGGGGUUCUGUCUGAGGAGAUCGCCAGGGCGUCGGAGCGCAGAGGCCGCUUGAGGGAGGACGUUAGAGUGAUGGUGGCUGAAGCGGGCAUGAGUGUUUCGUCGAGUGUAUUUCGCGCGGAUUCUGGUGGGCGGACCGAAGUGGCGACGUCGACGCGGCGUGACGAGGAAUCUGGGGCUCAGGAUGUAAACAAACAUGGCGGCGCCCAGUUCCCGGCUGCGUCCGUAUCUGUUAAGACCCCGAAGUAUUCCGGUAAGGCGGAUUGGGAAGCUUUUCAUGCUCAGUUUGAACUGUUAGCUCAUUUUAGGGGGUGGUCGGAUGAAGAAAGGGCACUGCAGUUGGCUUUAUGCCUCACGGAUGAAGCUCUGGCCUGUUUGAUAUUGAUUAGCCCCGAGGACAGGCAUGAUUAUGGUGCUCUAGUGGGAGCACUGAGGAGGCGCUAUGGACAGUGUGUACAGCCCGGGCUACUGCGCUCCGAACUGAGGAAUAGACGCAGGCAGCCUGGAGAGCCUCUACGGGUGCUAGCUAAUGACAUUGAGAGCCUCUCUCGGCGGGCAUAUGCUCACAUGCCCCCCUCCGUGCAGAGCGAGCUAGCACGGGACCAGUUCAUACAGGCGCUCUACCCUACGGAGCUGCGCAUACAGACCCAGCUGGCUCAUCCUGAGUCAUUGCAGACAGCCUUGGAGAUGGCUUUGGAGAGGGAGCUGGUGUGGGCUGGGGCUUCAGCUGGGGCUUUGGUGGGGGUGCAGGGAGACACACCCUCUGUGCGAGCUGGGGGGCAGAGCAGCCCGGAGCCGGAAAAGCCUGCUUGGGUGGCCGAAAUGACAGAACUCAUUCGGGCUGUGUCGCUACAGGCGGCACGAAACACAAGCCCUGGUCCCAGGGUCUGCUGGGGUUGUGGCCAGCCAGGCCAUCUGCGCCGAGAUUGCCCCAUGUCCCCCAGAGCUCAGGGAAACGGCUUGGGGUCCGCAUAGACUGGGUAGUGCGGACCCCUGGCUUUCUAUCCCAACCACCAUCAUCUUCAGGAGGAGCCCACCGGCACAGACGGGGAAGCAAGGCUCCACUUCCCCCAGAAGCAGACGAGGGCAAGCGGAGGGAGCCUGUUGUUGUGGUGGGCCGGACCUGUGUUGGGGACUUUUGUCAUGUCCCUGUCACUGUGGAGGGGGGUGCCCUGCUCCGCCCUGGUGGACACUGGGUCCACAGUAACCCUGGUGAGGCCAGAUAUUGUGCCAGGUUGGACUCAGUGUGAGCCUACAACUGUGCAGCUCCGCACAGUCACAGGUGAGCUGGCACCCAUGAAAGGGAAGGGAAUAAUGACUCUGACAGUAGGGGGCAGGACUGUGCGUCAUCCUGUGUGGGUGGCGGCUGUGCAGGACCCUUGUAUCCUGGGGUUGGACUUUCUUAGGAGCACAGGCUGCCAGUUAGACCUAAAUAGGGGCACACUGAGCUUCCAGGGAGGGACGGAAGUCACCAUGGCCCCCCUAAUGUCACAUUCACUCAACCCAACAAACCCUUUACUCCAACAGUUAAAGCAGCAGAGACU